UGCUGCACGGGGGAACGGGAGAGAAGCACUUGAUUUUUUUCCCACCAUGCAGGAUGAAAUUGCGCUGAUGCCUUUAUCUCCCUUUGAAGACCAUGAGGCUCUAAACUCAUUCCCAACCAAAUGGGAUUUUGUCCUAGUUUGUGAUGAUCACAGCCUCAACAGUGAGAAAGAUAAGAAGAAGAAAAGUUUUCUGGAAGAACUGUACAGGAAAGGGUUCAUUAUCAAGAUGAUUAAAGAUGAAAAGCUCUUUUAUGGAGUUCAGGCCCCAAGUGUAAUGUUCAGAAAGUACCAGUGGCUUCUGAAGAAUAUUGACACCGAUUCAGAAGUAAUAUCUGGAGUGCAGCAAGAGGACUAUUGGGAAGUGAUCAGUACAACAAGAAUACGUAUUGUCAGCUUUAUCCUGCAGAACACAAAGAUUCAAAGCACCAAAGAGAACCUUCAUGAUCUGAUAAAGAUGAAAGUCUUUGAAACAGCAUUUCCUUUACAUGAGAGGGAGAAUCUGGGUGCAUUUCUGAAGAUGAAUUGGGCCCGAUGGAGAGACAUCCUCUAUCAACAGCCAAUUGAACAAAUCAGGAUAUAUUUUGGAGAAAAGAUUGCCCUUUAUUUUGCCUGGUUGGGUUGGUAUACUUGCAUCUUGUUCAUGGCUGCUGUGCCAGGCAUUAUCCUUGUCAUAUAUGGGUUAAUUAGCUUCAGUUCCAGUCAAAUCAGCAAGGAAAUCUGUGCAGCCAAUACUACUAUGAUGUGUCCACUCUGUGACCAGAAGUGCCCUUUUUGGCCGUUGUCAGAAACUUGCACAUAUGCCCAGGUCACCCACUUGCUUGACAAUGAAGGGACAGUUCUCUUCGCAAUAUUCAUGGCUGUCUGGGCCACUGUAUUCUUGGAGUUGUGGAAGAGAAGGAGAGCUAAAGUUGUCAGUUUCUGGAAGUUGUAUGUGUGGGAUGAAGAAGAGGAGGAACUGGCUAUGGAACUCAUCAAUAACCCAGAAAUGGCUUCCCCACUGCACCAGCAUUCUUACAUCCGCAGCACUGUUGUACUCAUCUUAGUUGGGUUUAUGAUCUGCGUGAUUAUUGGUAUUGCCCAUGCACUUGUCAUCUAUAGGGUCGUGGUGACAGUCAUCUUUACUCAGUCUGACUCAGAAUUUUUCCGAGAACGAGCCAGUACCAUGGCAGUGAUGACAGGGGCUGUGUUGCAUUAUUUAACUAUCAUCAUAAUGAGCAAGGUGAACAGACAUGUAGCGCUGUACCUCUGUGAUAUGGAGAAGCCAAGAACAUUCACUGAGCGUGAGAAAAACUUCACCGUCAAACUCUUCACCUUCCAGUUCUUCACCCACUUCUCUUCUGUGAUCUACGUUGCUUUCUUCCUCGGGAGGAUUAAUGGUCGUCCAGGGGACUAUGUGCGUGUGGGCGGCAAGUGGAGACUCGAAGAAUGCCACCCCAGCGGCUGCCUUGUAGAUCUCUUCAUCCAGAUGGCCGUAAUUAUGACAUUAAAGCAAACACUGAGCAACUUUGUGGAGUUUAUGUUGCCCUGGAUACGCUACAAGUACAAACUGCUGUUCAGAAAUCCCAAAAGCAACAACAGGGUUCAUAUGGAGGAGAGUGCUCGGGACCCAUGCAAGGAGGAAUGGCUAUGGAACUAUAACCUUAAUGAAGUCAAUGUCUUCAGUUUGUUUGAUGAAUUUCUGGAGAUGAUGAUCCAGUACAGCUUCACCACUAUUUUUGUGGCUGCCUUUCCCCUUGCUCCACUCCUGGCCUUUGUCAACAAUCUCAUCGAAAUUCGACUAGAUGCUAUCAAGAUGGUGAGAUUGCAGAGGCGUAUGGUUCCCAGGACAGCAAAUGAUAUUGGUACCUGGUUGCUGAUUCUGGAGGCAAUCGGUAUUUUAGCUGUCAUUGGCAAUGGUAUGGUAAUUGCCAUCACCUCAGACUUCAUCCCAAUGCAGGUGUACAAAUACACAUCUAGCCCCUGCAUACAGAAGAAUUACACAGGCAAAGAUUGUUUGGCAGGUUACGUCAACUACAGUCUUUCGGUGUUCAACGUCCAGGACUUUGUGAACCAUGAGAAUCUGCCAGAACGUAAAGAUCCCAUGGGGAAUGUGAUAACGCACUGCAGGUACCGAGAUUACAGGAACAGUGAGGACUACAGUCAUACUGUUGAGUUUUGGCAUAUUCUUGCAGCACGCCUUUCCUUCCUUAUCUUGUUUGAACACGUGGCCCUUUGCAUCAAAUUGAUUGCAGCCUGGUUUGUGCCUGAUGUCCCCAGGAGCAUUAAGAACCAGCAUCUAGAACAAAAACGUGAAAGACUGUUGAAAAGACUCAGAAGAAUGGAUGACUCCACAGAAGUAUAGUGAUACAUCAUAUGAGAGUGCUGGGAUCAAGAGAAGAAAUCCUAGAGCCAAGCAUUUAGAAGAAUGGUGCUGUAGACUUUGAAGAUGCCAGCUGAACUCUGCAGGCAUAGCUUGAUCUUUUGUUUACUGUUCUUGGAUUUUACCUCUUCACUGAAAGGAAACAAUGCCAUUGCUUUGCAUGGUAAGAUUAUUUUGAAUAUUCAAGUGUUUCUAGGAGACUACAGGGUAGGAACAAUGUCACAUGUCAGAGCAUGAGGUAGAAGUAAGCAGGAGUGUUUGCACUGUCAAUAAAAUAACUCUAUUGCUAUAAAGUUAAAAUAAUUUUGGUUACACCAAAACUUCCAUGCUCUGCUGCCACCACUCAUAACAGAUUUGACACUUAACGCCCAUGAAACUCUCACGGCUGGCUCAGACUCAGAGUAUAAAUCAACAUGAAAUAUUUUAACUCUCAUGGCUCAUAGGAAUAUAUAUUAAUAUCUUUUCAUUUCCUUUAUCACCUUGAUGGUGCUCUUUGAGUGGAAAGAAAUAUAUUGUUUGUAUAACAUAUAUUUCCUUUGUAUAAUUGAACAGCACAUGUGCACAGUUAUUUUUAUAGGGGCUUGUUUGUUUGUUUGUUUGUUUGUUUGUUUGUUUGUUUGUUUGCAUCAAAGCCUCCAAACUGCUGUUUAAAGUUCUGGAGAACUGUUAUUUUGAAGAGUUUCCAUAAUUUCUGUAUGUGCUGACAUCCUUUUAGAGAUUACUUCCUUUAGCUUUUUAAUGGUACACCAUUUGAUAAAAGUUUCUUGUGUGCUGGUUUAUAAAAAGGGACCCAAUUAACUGCCUACCUCAUAAAGAUGAUGGGAAGUUUAACUCAUUUCUGAAAAGCACUUUAAGGCCUUUACCUAUAUUGUAAACACUUUUGAUUCUAUCAUUACAUCAAGCCACUGGGAUAGUUGCCCUCAUUGAAGCUAUGAAUGAAACCCGUCAAAGGUGGCAAUGUUUGUAUUACCUCACUCAACUUUUUUACAUAUAAGUUGGGUCAGGUGUACCCACACAUAAACUUCACAAGAAUAGGUAUAUUUUUCCUUGGAUUCUUAAUUCAUGAUGCUGUUAGAACCCAGUUUCUGACCAAUCCAGAAAUGUGUGUGUAUUUACAAAGAUUAUAUACAGUAGUUCCUUUAUUAAUUCACUCAUCCUAAAGAGGCCAGCUGUUCAUAGAACUGUGUAUAUACAUCAUUCUUGGACGUAGCAGAACACUGGGCUUUGGUUAGCAGUUUCAGCCUGUGCCUUCUUUCCAAUCAAGUAUCUAAUAAUACACAGAAAUAAAGCACAAUUUUUAAAAAUCCUGAUCCAAAAAAUGUUAAGGCUUCAGGAUGUAUUUUAGAUGUAAGUUCAAAUUACAUGUGUCCCUUCACCUUUUAUAAUAUGGAUUAUGUAGAACCACUGAAUUAAUGUUGAUAUUCAUAUGUAACUUAUCAACUUGACAUUCAGAUUCUCUUGUUCUUGUUUGCAAAUGUUACAUCCUACAUGUAUUGUUAAGUUACUUGUAUUGGAACUAAAUCAUAGCACUGAGAAUGUAAAGAUGUAACAUGCUAAAGGGCACUUCUAUCCUGUUUUUUAUCCUCAGCAAAAUCCUUUGUGGAUAUCAGUGAUUGCAAUUAUGCUCUCUUGCUCCUGAAGUUGUUUUUGCAAUUUGUACUUUUGACUGAAAAGAUCAUGCAAAGUUAAAAUUCCUAUUACGUACCAAAUGCCUAUAUUUUCCCUUUUUUUUCUUUCUUUGACAAAUUCUAAAUUUAAUUGCAAGUUAAGCUUCAGCAGCAAUCACAAGUUCAUUCCUUGAAAGCCAAUGGGACUUGGAUUCUAGCUGAAACAUAUCUGUUUGAGAAUCUCUAUAAUGUAAUUCUGGAAGCAUCUUGCUCAGGGAAGUGCCUUUAAAAUUGCGCCUUAUAGCAAUAUGAAGCUUUGGCUCUAGAUUACUUUAACACAAAUCCUUACAUAUUGAAUCAGGGAAGUUAAUUCAAUUUGUAAUUCUUUAGGCUUUCUGUUCUUAUGCCAUACUGUUUAAAGUUGUACUUUUAAAGAAAACACAGUUACUCUGAAAUACUGUGCAAUGUCUAAUUUUUAUCAAAUGAAUUUUUAUACAAUAAACUUUUAAAAACUUUUAA